AUGCAAGCUGUGUUACAAAAGUAUAGUUCAGUGUUUUCAGAUGGAAUUGGUAAAGUUGAAGGAAUUAAAGCUUUUAUCCAUUUCAACGAGGAUGCGAAGCCAUUCUUCUGCGAAGCACGACCAGUUCCGUUCGCAAUGAAACCCAAAAUUGAACAAGAGCUAGAAAAUUUUGAAAAUAUGGAAGUUCUGGAAAAAGUGAACACAAGUGAAUGGGCAACUCCCAUUGUCGCGGUGCCCAAGAAAAAUGGUAAAGUUAGGAUAUGCGGCGACUUUAAAGUCACAAUCAAUCCUAAGAUGAAUGUGGAUCAAUAUCCCUUACCAAAAAUUGAGGAUAUUUUUGCAUCACUGACUCAAGGAGAACAUUUCUCAAAAAUUGACUUGAGACAAGCUUAUCUUCACAUAGAAAUGGAGGAAAAGUCGAAAACUUACCUCACAAUCAACACCCACAAAGGACUUUAUCGCUACAACAGAUUAUUGUAUGGAGUAGCAUCAGCACCCUCAAUUUGGCAAAGAACAAUGGACCAGGUUCUCCAAGGAAUAUCAGGAGUUUACUGUAUCUUGGACGACAUGAUUGUCACAGGUAAAACCGAAAAAGAACACUUGAGAAAUUUAGAUAUUGUUCUUCAACGCUUCCAAAAUUUUGGACUGAGAACGAACCUUGAAAAAUGUGAAUUUUUCAAAGACAGUGUUAAUUAUUGUGGACAUGAAGUCACAAACACUACUAAGUCAGAAACAUACUGA